AUGGAAGUCUUGUUCCACAAACUUGGGAAGCCCCCGUAUCGGUUUGACCAAAUAACGCCGUUACUGGACGAAGCCGCCUCCUUAACCACGAAUCCAGAGAACACAUCAGCACAGCACCAGGAUAGUGCAAUACACAUCAUUGAAUCGGUGGAGGCCUUGGCUGGAAUCGUUGAAUUUGACCUGUCUGAAGCUUUUCCACAAUUCAACAUUGAGCCGAGCGAAGCGGUAAUUGAGCAAUUAGGACCACACAAAGGUUCCUACGUCCCGCCGGCCGAAUUUGAACUCCUUCAUGCGAUCGCGCCGAAAACACUGCACCUCAAGGAAUGGUUGUUCGACAGUCCCGAGCUACUAUCAAAAAAUCACCGGCCGGAGGCGGGCAAUGCCCAUUUAUGUCGACACUGUGAAUGGUCGUUCCAGCGACUUGCAAGGGUCCCAAUUGAGAUCGAUGACGCCCGCGAAUUCUUACACUUCCAGACUGUUACAUCACCGCACUCCAACCUUGCCUUCAUAAGGCGGCAAUUGUCUUCAACGGAGAAGAGUGCGACAAGCACUCGCUAUCGACCGAAAAGACUUUUGGAUAUUGGCUUCAGCCAGGACCCUGAGCCAAAAUUGAUAGAUGGCCAGCAAGCUGAAGAGGAUCUCAAUGGUUUCAGGUACGCUGCGCUAAGCUAUUGCUGGGGCUCAGCAAAAGAAUGUCAGAGUCAGCUCAAGCUCACAUCGGAGACUCGAUCCGAGUUCUUCAGCUCGAUUCCUUACCGUUCCAUGACCCCUGUCCUUCACGAUGCAAUUACUGCUCCUCUGGCGCGAGACCUCCUGCAUUCAAAGUGGAACAAUCGAGGAUGGGUGUUCCAGGAAAAGAUUAUUUCACCAAGGCUCCUUUAUUUCGGCGCCAGAAUGAUCCACUUCCAGCAAGGGAACCGUGUGAUCAGUGAGGACGGGUGUCCCAUUGAGGGAGACAUUUUUGAUUCUUCAUUUUACGUACCACAUCACUACUCAACAAAUCUUCUACAUCAGCUCGAGAUGCUUCAGAGCAAAGAAUCGAUCAUUAUCGAUUUCUGGUACAGGCUCGUCAAAGACUUUAGUAAUUCGAACUUCACGAAUGUGCGAGACACUUUUCCGGCUAUCGCAGGCAUAGCGAGGUCAAUCCAGGAAUUCACAAAGCACCAAUAUCUGGCUGGCCUUUGGGAGGAAGACCUUUGCUGCGGGUUGCUAUGGAAUACCUCUCGAGAAAUUAAUGUCGGCAAACGCCGCGUGGACGGCGUGAACCCAUAUGGUCGUAUUAGGAGCGCAUCGAUCUCUCUUUUUGGUCCAAUGAUAAGAAUUAAGCCUGGUUCGAUGCCUUCCGUUGAUAGGCAGGGCAACAGACUCUGGGUCUGCGAGCUGUUCCCUGACUGUCUCGCCAUUCUUCAGCCAGACUGGACACCAAUCGAGCCACACAGAACUACAGGAAUCGGCAAGCGGAUGCAAGCACAGGUGCAACUACUGUUGAUAUCUAGUUGCUGCUCUGAUCAGAGAAUCAGGAGUAGCAGUCGAGACGUCCAUACGCCUCCUCGAGAUGACCUCGCAAAGCUAGCCACUGAGCCAGCAACUGAGCCAGCCCAUUAUUUCCACACACAUGCGUCAUACGGCAAGAAAAUGACAUCCGAGGAGAUGGAGACAAUAGAAAAUGAAGCCAUGAAGCCAGAGUACAGAAAUUGCUUCUACGAAGACAGCUAUGAUGGUUUUGAUACCGCAACUCAUUGUGAUCUAUGCUCGGAUCGGGACUUGAGACGAGAUAUAUGGGGCCUUAUGACCUAUCCAGCAGGGCCUCAGGAUACAUAUUAUCGUGUGGGGACAUUUUUCUCCAGAGCAGAGCAUGGUGGCUCUGCCAUUUUCAAGGGUAUUGAGCCCCGCAAGAUUACCUUGGUGUAA